UUUGGACUGGAUGAAAAGUAUCAGGAACGCAUUAAAUGGAACUAACACAAGAGAAUCUUGAUAAGUCUUAAUGUGACUGUGAGCCAGCAAUGUGAUGAGGCUACAAAGGAGGCAAAAGCUAUUCCACAGUGAGAUGUGAGAACUUCCAGUAGGGUUAGGGAAACAUAUUCUAUAAGAAAUGGGUUGAAAUCUACCAUACGGAAUUUACUCUGAUAGUUCUGAUUUAUGUUGGAGAUGCUGGGCUCCAAAAGCAGACUACAUACAACAUUGUCUGGACUUGCCUAAACAAACAAUUCUGGAAUGACAUUAUAGCCAAAAUUCAUCAGUUCACAGUCUACCAGUACCAGCUACCAGAAAACUGCAAAGACCAGCUGCACAACCAUAAAACUGCUAUGUUGCAAGAUGUCAUUAGAAAGACUCUUCGACUUCUUGGAUAUACUAUUCAGUAUGGGUGCAUAGCACAUUGUGCCUUUGAAUACAUUGGAGGAAUUGUUGUGUGUUCAGGACCUUCAAUGGAGCCUACCAUUCAAAAUUCUGAUAUUGUGUUUUCUGAGAACCUUAGCCUCCAGUUUUAUAACAUUCAGAAAGGUGAUAUCAUCAUUGCGAAAAACCCAAGUGACCCCAAAUCUAACAUAUGUAAAAGAGUAAUUGGCUUGGAAGGAGAUAAAGUCUGUACAAGCAGCCCUUCAGAUUUUCUUAAGACCCACAGUUACAUAUUGAGACAAGGGAGCACCAGUUCUACAGGUCUCCCCUUCAGCCUGCCUGUAACUUUUUACCAGGCAAUUAUUGUUAUUUUAAAAUCAAUUUUCUUUCAAGUCAUACAUUUCCCAAUACAUAAGAAAAUAAGAAGAGCCCUGCUGGAUCAGACUAUACCUAUACCUAUAAGAAGCCCGCAAACAACUCAUUCAAUGCAUGAUUGA